AUUCCAUGAUGGAUUCUCUUCAAAUCUAACUUAACCUUAUCCACCUUAGAAAACUUUUUUGUAGUAUUUAUAAAUUUUGAAUGUUUUCCAAAUAAUUAAUAAGAGACUUACAUCAAUAUGACUACAUUACGACCAUUUACUUGUGAUGAUUUAUUCAAAUUUAACAAUUUAAAUUUUGACCCAUUAACAGAAACUUAUGGUUUAUCAUUUUAUAUGCAGUAUUUAGCUCAUUGGCCGGAAUAUUUCCAAGUGGCUGAAGCACCAUCAGGGGAAAUAAUGGGAUAUAUAAUGGGUAAAGCCGAAGGGUCAGGAGAAAAUUGGCAUGGACAUGUAACAGCUUUAACAGUAGCUCCAGAAUUUCGACGAUUAGGUAUUGCCGCUACAUUAAUGUCAUUUUUGGAAGAACUAUCUGAAAAGAAACGAGCGUAUUUUGUAGAUUUAUUUGUACGAAUCAGUAAUAAAGUAGCAAUACGGAUGUAUAUAAAUUUAGGAUAUAUUGUAUAUCGAGUCGUUCUAGAUUAUUAUGCUGGUGAUCCUGAUGAAGACGCCUAUGAUAUGAGAAAAGCAUGUUCACGAGAUGUUGAAAAAAAGUCAGUCAUACCAUUAACGCAACCAGUCAGACCCGAAGAUGUUGAUUAAACUUAAGUUUGUACUAUUUUAUAAAUAAUUUAAUUCAA